AUGGGUGCUCACAUUUAUCGGGAUAAAGGACCAAUCAUAAAGAAUGCUAGAAGGCCUUACGCAUUUCUUUAUUCUUGGAAAACAAAUAAUGGAAGAAGACCAACAGUACUUCUUGAGCUUCUAGGAAUUGAUUAUUACCUUCAUCCAGUUGACUUGGAUUUAAAAGUCCAGAAAGAGGAUUGGUAUUUAAAAAAAAAUGCAAAUGGGAAAAUUCCAACAUUGGCCUGGGUUGAUGAAAAAGGGGAUAUAACUUACAUUAAUGAGUCUGCUGCAAUUCUUCUUUUCCUUGCUGACAAAUACGACAAAUCUAGAAAUUUUAGUUUUAGGCCAGGUUCGAAGGAAUAUUAUUUACAAUUAGAGUGGCUUUUCUUCGAACUUUCUGGCUUUUGUCCAUAUAAGAGCAAUUGGAGGUUUUUUCAUAACCUCCCUGAGAGAAAUGAAACUGCUGUAAGUAGAUUUAGGGAUGAAUCAAUCCGUUGUUUGAAAGUUCUUGAAACCAGGUUGAAUAAGACGGGAACUGGGUAUUUGGUGGGUGAUCAUCUUUCGUUGGCUGAUAUUACAUUAUAUACUUGGAUUCGUCCUUCCCAAAUGGAUACGUACGAAGAAGUUAUUGAGUCUCUUCCAAAUAUAAAAAAUUGGAUCCUCAGAAUCGGUAAUAUUCCAGAAAUCAAGAAGGGUCUCGCAGUCUUUGAUUAA